ACUCCCCCACCCGCAUCGGUCCCUUUGCGUUUACUCGGGGACGCUUUUCGUUACAGUUUAUCCAUAAUGGCAGAGUUGCAGAACUUGGUGGAACGUUUGGAAAUAGCCGUUCAUCAUCUUGAAUCAAUGUCUUUCAAGUUCUCGGGCUGUGGGACCCCACUCGCCAAUGGAGACGAUGGAGGUCUGGUGCCGUAUGUGGAAGCUUUCGAUGCUUUGCUGAGUGGCAGCGUUGCAGAAUUUGUGAAGCACAGCAAGAUCAUAGGUGACGAUGUGGAGAAACAUGCAGUGAUGCUGAGCGCAGCUUUUCAGGCAGAGAGACAUUUCCUGCUGAUGGCCUGUAAGCUGCAGCAACCUUUGCAGAUUGAAAUGACGGUCCUUCUUAAACCACUGUCAGACAAAAUACAGGAGAUCCAGAACUUCAGAGAGAAGAACCGUGGCAGCAAGUUGUUCAACCACCUGUCAGCUGUCAGUGAGAGUGUCGCUGCUCUUGGAUGGGUUGCAGUGGUUCCAAAGCCUGGUCCUUAUGUCAAGGAGAUGAAUGAUGCUGCCACCUUUUACACCAACAGGGUGUUAAAGGAAUACAAGGACAAUGAUAAGAGGCAUGUAGAAUGGGUCAAAUCCUUUCUCACCAUCUGGACACAGUUACAAGCGUACAUCAAAGAGUACCACAUCACUGGGCUCUCCUGGAAUAACUCUGGUCCCGAUGCCUCGGCUUUGUCCCCAGGGGCACCACCGUUGGGUGGCUCUUGCCCACCUCCUCCCCCUCCACCAGGACCCCCUCCAGCGUUUGCGGACGACCCACCGCAGGAUGAAACAUCUGUAGCACGUUCCCAGCUGUUUGCUGAUCUUAACCAGGGGGAAGGGAUCACAAGAGCUUUACGCCAUGUUCCUGAUGCUCAGAAGACCCACAAGAAUCCAAAUCUUCGUUCACAGAGCGGAUCAGUCAACUCCCCUUCAAAGAGUCACAAAUCAAGCCCUACAUCCCCCAACUCACCACAACAGCCCAGGACACCUAUGUUGAAGCUGGAGGGAAAGAAGUGGAGAGUGGAAUACCAGGAAAAUGUUGGCGACCUUGUGAUUUCUGAAACUGAGCUAAAGCACGUGGCCUACGUUUUCAAGUGCAGCAGCUCCAUGCUGCAAAUCCAAGGCAAGAUCAAUUCCAUCACCAUCGACUCCUGUCACAAGCUCAGUCUAGUAUUUGACAAUGUUGUGGGUAUUGUUGAAAUCAUCAAUUCAAGGGACGUGCAAAUUCAGGUAUUGAACAAAGUGCCAACUAUUUCAGUAAAUAAGACUGAGGGAUGCCACAUAUACCUGAGUGAAGAAUCCUUAGAUUGUGAGAUUGUAAGUGCCAAGUCUUCUGAAGUGAACAUCCUAAUCCCUCACGAUGAUGAUUACAAAGAGUAUCCCAUUCCUGAACAGUUCAAGACCACAUGGGAUGGGUCGAAAUUGGUCACUGAAGCUUCGGAGAUUGUUGGCUGAAAGCCAGAAUGUUCGGUUCAUUAUUCCAUAGUUCAUACGUUGUAUUUUAGAGUUAGGAUUCACCACAAUGCAACCAUAGCGUACACUACAGUAGUUCAACACUUUGCAGUAACUGCAUUCAUUACAAGUAGAAAUGCUGAUUCAGCAAUGGCUUUCCGUAAGUUUUUAGUCACCAAAGUUGCAUCACUUGUAUAUACUUGAAGUGUAACCAACACCUUUGUAUUUCUGGGCUUUGUACAACAUAAAUGCAAUUCCACGAAACACCCUUGUUCCCUCUUCAGUUUAGUCCACUCUUACUUCAGUUCACUCUGAAGUGGUCAUUGCAUCUCUAGGUUACAGUCACUGGUUUAUAAUCGCACAUUUGAGCUUGCCUUGAUUUUCUUUUUUAAAAAUGUAUCUUGACUAUGUACUAUUUUGUGUCAUCUUGAAAUGUAUUCCAAGGACAGCAAUAAUUCUGAAACAUAGCUCUUCAUAGAACGAUACAGCACAGAAACAGGACAACGGCCCAUCCAGUCUGUGUUGAACAGUUUCAGGGAACUCCUCAACUCCCCUUUUUCAUCCUACCCCACCGACUCCUCCCAUGUAAAUUGGGCCACACUCACAAUACUUUUGUUCCAGUUCGCAAGAUGUUCCUGAUCACGGUGGGUAACGGUGCAGAAUUAUGAAAUGUUCUUGAAGUUCAUUGAGAGAGAAACAAUAGGGAGUAAUUUGUGCUAUUUUCUACAUCAAAAGCCUGAAUGUACUCAUGGUCUUACUAGUCUGUUAAAAUUGAAGAUUGUGCCAAAUUUGGGGAAAUUAUUAAAAUUCAGUCUUAAUUUUGAGGCUGGUUUUCAAAUGCAUUUUAAAGCAGUGGUCAUAAAGCCUAAGACCAACUCAUGUAUGCUGAAAGAUACAUUCUUCAGAACAUUUGAUGAUUUAAAAAUGUGAUAAUUUUGCAUUUCCUACAGUGUGACCCAUGGUUUGAGUUCAUAAAAUCAGACCUGCCUUAUAACAGGUCGUGCUAUAGUUCAGUCACCUAUUAGCACUUCAGGGUUGUCACCAAGCUGCAAGUGUACACCGUAUGCAGUAAACGAACUGGCUGUAUUGAUAGGAUUUUGCUGAAACCAGGAGGCGUAGCACGUGCUAUCCACAGGAAUUCAGCCAGUCGGUUUCAGAAGACUGAAGUGCAGGGAGGCCUGUGCUAUAUUCAGAACUGUAGUAAACUGAUCCACAAGUUGAAAUAUAAAUGAGGUCUAAUAAUAAUAAGAAAUGUGUUAAGAAACACCACAAAUCAGGCCCCAAUAAAAAUAUAUUGUUGUCUAGUCUUAACAUUCCUCAUUUCCCUAUCUGUUUGUAUACCUGUGUUUUUUCUCUAAAGCUUCACUUGGUCACGUCGGGCUUCGUCCCAGACGUUGUUGAAUAUUUCACAUGAAUGUAAAUUCAGAGUGUGGGGUGGGGCAGGGGGGAGCAAGACAAAGUUUUACAAAGUGGAGGUAGCAUCUAUCAAUUAUGUGAGAUGCUGCAUAAUGUGAUGCAGGUGCAGACUGAAUAGUAAACAAAUUGUGUAAAAGUGGCUUUUCAAUUGUUCUCUUUCCUUAUUAUUGCUUUAUUAAAAUGGACAGUUCAUCUUGAAAUACAGUUACAUGAGAGCUAAAGUCUAAGGGGGAGGGUUUCAGAGUUACUUAUCCGUUUUGUACAAGAAAAUAACCGUAUUAGAAUUUCUUCAGGUUUUAUGAAAUAAAUUGAUUUUAGUAUCUGUAAUGAGAUGCUGAAGCCAGAACUCCCCUGUGCUCACUUCAGUGGUGACAUAUUAGCAAAACAACUUGUAUUUAUAUAGUGUUCUUCACAUAGAAUAACAUCUUGAAGCACUUUGCAAUGGCGAGGCAGAAGCCGAGCAGGGGGAGAGGGGGAUGGAGGUGAUCACAGACAUGGUCGAAGAUGUAGGUUUUGAGGCAGGACUUGAGAGGUAGAGAGGGCGCAAGACAGAAUGGUCGAGGGACAUUAGAGACUAGCAGGGUACCCAACUUUGACCCGGUCUCAGCCUGGCCUGGAGCCACAGGAUCCUGGGAGAACGCACUAUAAUUAUAACAACUUGCAUUUAUAAUGUGCCUUCCAUGUAUAAAUAAACAGCCUGAAACAUUCUGCAAAAUAUAAUUGAUGUGUCAGGAAAUGAAAAUUGCUAUAUAGGGAAACACAGCAGCUAACUGGCGUCUCCAAUGUCCCACUAACAAUAAUGAGAUGAGCAGCUAAUUAUUUAAAUUUGGAGGUAAAUGUGGAUUAGGAGAGAUUUUAAAACAGGAUAACAGGGAGAGUGACCCUAUAUUUGUUUGAACUAGCAAAGGCAGGGUAAGUCCACCUGAAUCACAAGAAAGAUAGAACCUAAACAAUAAAGAAUGGGAUAACCAUCUGGAAAUAAUAAUAAAACUGAGUGUAACAUAGAACAUUGUUAUUGUAGGUAAACUAUAGAAUGGUGGCCCAGAGUAACUACCUUGCAUGCACAGUUCCAGACUGGCUUCCAGGUUGGAUUGAAGUGAAAGUAGCCUUUCUCUAUUUACCCUAUCAAACCAUUCAGAACUUGAAAACUUCUGUUAGAUGUUAACCUUAACCUUUUCCACUCUGGUGAAACUAGACCUAACUUUUGAAGGCUCGCGAAAUACAAUACAAAACAAUUUGCUUUUAUAUAGCGCCUUUCAGGCCAGGAGGAUUCUCAAAGUGCUUGGAUAAUUAUAACCGUAACUUCUCAUCCCAGGUAUCAUUCUAGUGAAUAUCCACUCUCUAGCUGUGAUGUCUUUUCUGUAAAUAGGUUCUCAAAACUGGAUGCAAUAUUCCAACUACAGCUGAAACAAUGUCAUGCACACAUUCAACAUUUCCUCCUUCUAAUUAUCUUCUACAAAAUGAGAGAGUACUUUACUUCCCAUUUAUUCAAGUAGAAAUAAGAGCAGAGCAAUGUUCAGUAUAUUAUACAGCAUUUGACUUCUGACAGUAAUAUUACAAUAUAAUGAUGUCCAUAAAUGUGAUGUUAUGCAGGUAUGAAGAUGUACUCGUGCAUUGCAUUAGGAAACUUAUUGUAGCCUUUACUGUAUUAAGUAAAAUUCCAAAGUUUGUUCUAGAAAGUUACAAUACAGAGAAGGGUCAUUUCCACCCAUCAAGUCUGCGCUGAUGUUUUUUCUCCACAAGAACCACCUAAUAUAAUCUCACUCUCCUGCUCGCUUCCCGUACCCUUUAAUAUUCCUCUUUUUCAAUUAUAUCUUAGUGCAAAAGUGUACAGACACUGUCUGUUAAAUUGGUAGCAUCAAAGUUGUUCCUGUUGACUGAGGAAGUUAUCUGAGGGAAUAUUUACUGUCAUUUGUAAUGUCCCUAGACUGUGUGAAGAUUUUUGUUGUAUGUCACAAGGAAGGCAUUCUGCAAAUAAACUCCAAACUGUUGCAGACAA